AUGACAUCGCUUUUCACUGUCCCGAUCACUUCGACUGGAGGCUCGAUCGUCUGCACAAACCCCAGCACGGCGAAAGAACAUGAGACCAUCUACGUGCUGACGUUCACUUCGCCCAAGGACAACCGACUGACGCCCGUCUUCAUUGACGCACUGCUAUUGGCCCUCGAUAUAAUCGAGCACCGUUACCCCAAGGGUGUUGUGGUCACUACUAGUGGAAUUGCCAAAUUCUACAGCAAUGGGCUCGAUCUCGACAUUGUGGGGAAGACCGAAGGGUUCCUCGAAAAUUGGUUAUGGAGACUUUUCCGACGAUUCUUGACGUACCCUAUGCCAACUGUGUGUCUGUUGAAUGGACACGCUUUUGCCGGUGGUUUUAUGCUGGCCAUGUAUCAUGACUACCGAAUCAUGAACCCAGACCGUGGCUUCCUAUGUGUCAAUGAGCUGGAGUUUGGAGUCCCACUUCAAACGCCCAUGAUGGCCAUUUUCCGCGAGAAGUUGACGCCCGUCACAUUCCGAAACGUUGUUUUGGAAGCCCAUCGCUUUGGUGGACGAAACGCACUCCAGGUCGGUAUUGUUGAUGCCGUGGGGGGUGCCGAGGAAGCUCUGGCAUUGAUCCAGGAACGAAAGCUUCAGACCAAGGCUGCGACUGGUAUCUACGGAACCAUGAAGGAGGAGAUGUAUGCUCGGACUCUGAGUGGAUUGGAUGAUCAUGCCGGCAAUUUGAAAUGGCGUGAAAAUGUUGAGGAUAAAAACCAUGCCGUCUCUAAAAGAGGACUAGAAGAUGUGAAGGAAUUUGAGCAAAAGGCAAAGGCGAAGCUUUGA